UAUUUUAAAGAAAAAAAGUAUAUCACCACAGAAAGUCAGUUCUUACAUCCAUGCAUAACAUGAUGAUUUACUAGUCACCAAAAGUUUAUUAUAUCAGUACAGCAAAAUAGCACAUACUUUAAUUGAAAGCUUCUGGCAGCACAUCUCUAUCUCCCACUCUGAUCACAAUGCCUACAUGCUCCCCUCCCCCCUCUUCCCACUCGUGUUGACGUCAUAUUCCUGUGACAGAUAAGGACCAAUCAAAACGCGAGACUGUUAUGCUGGCCUGUGUCAUACCUUAUACGCGAGUCAUGGAUGACCUUUGUGAAGAGCUGCUUACAACAGUAGAACAGGAAGAACCAGAAAGAUAUGAUCAACACACUAGUAUUUUACAGCCUGGGUUUCCCCUUUCGCUACCACCAAAAUUACAGUUGCCCCUCACUAAGAGAGGAAGGAAAGAAUCAGGCUUUCAUAAGACUGAAAGAAUAUGCCUGAGACAAAUCCGUGAGGCUCUUCUCCAGCACCAAUGGCAGAAAGCUUCAGCCCUGAUGACAAACUACUUCCAAAACAUAGAGGAUACAAGCUAUAGGAGGCAAAGGUCAUCAUGUGAGAGAUUUUGGAGAAUAGGAACAGAAAUUCUUCGUCAUCACCCCAGAUCCAAGAUCGAUGAUUUCAAUUCUUUUUUGGACAGAAUGAAAAAUAUAGGAGUCAAGAAUUACUUGAAGAUCUGCUUGGAGCAUUCCUUUCACCUGUUGUGUGACGGUAUGCUUGAAGAUGCUAACAGACAGUUAUCUUUAGCAGAAAGCUGGAGGUGCAGGGAUACAUGUGCUGCCCAGCAGCAAAUGAUUCAGGGUUACCGUGGCUUGCUGGAUUACUAUACUUGGGUUAAAAAGUGUGAUACUCUUACAGAAACUGAAAAGUAUGAUUAUGCAGCAGCAACUGCAAAACAAGACAUGCAGAGCUAUUUCCGACAGGCAUCUGUAAACCUUCAAGCAAUAAUAGAACAGCCUGGAGUCUGGGAUCCUUUUAUACUCAGUUAUGUUAAUAUGCUAGAGUUCUAUGAGGAUCAUGAUGCUGCACUUCAGAUGCUCUAUGACUAUGCAUAUGACAACAAAUUCCCUCCAAAUCCAAAUGCCCAUGUGUAUUUGUACCAGUUCUUAAAAAGGCAUCGGGCACCCUGGAGGAAGUUGGUGAAAGUACUUAGGAUUUUACAGCUGUUAGUCCCGAGUCAUGAACUGAUGCUGGAGUUGUGUUCACUUCUUGCUGUUCCAGACAAGAGAAAGUAUCACCAUGAAGCCCUGAAAGUUCUUUUCAGUCUGUUGGACUACUCAAGCUGGAAAGAUAAUCCUGAUGUGUGGAAGUCUCUAGAGAAAACGAUUCAACUAGUCUUCAAAGUGGGUGGUUCUGCCUGGGUUAAAGAGGAGUGGGCCUCCAGAAAAGGCUGGUGGCCAGCAUUCCAUUUCAGUGCUUAUCAAGCAAAGAAAAAUCUUGCAGAAAAUGAACCUGUAGCUUGCAGCAAAGCUUUUGUGGCAGGCCUUUUGAUUGGAAAAGAGUGCAAAUAUUUCAAAACCAUUUACAAAGGAGGACGCAAAAAAAGAUCAGAGAUCUUAAAGAAAAUGAAGAAAUACAUAACAAACCACAGUCUUGCAGAAUAGUGUUGGUAUUACUGUACAGUUUGCUGUGGACUUUUUUUUUUUUUGUGCCACAAUCUAAACCCUUUUGAAACCUUUACGAAUGGUAACUUUUUUUUCCAGAAUUAGAAACAGAUUUGGUAAGGAAGGAAGACCCCAGCCGGUGGGCCUAGACCAAUAAAUGCCAGGCUGCACUCUGAGGUUUAUUUAAUUGAUGUUUCAUUCCACACGUGCGGAUGAAAGAAAAGGGAAAAUCGGUCAUUUGUGAUCUGUUGUUGCAUGCUACCUACAGUAUGCUUCUAAAAUAAUGAAGUGAAGUGUUUUUUUUGUAAGCUUUUAAUUGUGAAACUGCUCAAAGUAUAAAUUGAUUAAUAUGAAAACAAAUAUUUAAAUUUGCUUUACUGUUCAUUUCAGUUGUGUUAAAAACAAAGUUACCAACUUGUACACUACACAGAUUGAACUUGUAAGUGGUUGGAUUUCAAAAAGUAGACUGCCCUAUCUUGUAACCAGACAAGGAUGCAAUGAACUUCUAAAAUGUAAUGGAGGUUUCUAAAGGAUGUUUGUACUGAUUGAAUAAGCAAGUUUAAGUUGUCAUUAAACACAAUUGCAUUGUUUUCCUAUGCUCAAUAUCAAAAUCAUAGCAUGGGCCAUGAAUUCAUUGCGGGUUACCUUGUUAUAUAUAGUAAGCAGUAAUGCAUAAAGGGUAGUAAAUAAAUCUGCAAAACCUUUUGUUUUACAAAGCUGCUCCUGUUUUAUACUGUCCCUUGUUAUUAUGCAGUAUACACAGAAGUAGCUUUACACAAGUCACUUAAAAAUUACAUCAUUACACCUGUGGAGCAAAAGUAACCAGGUUUUAAAAUUGCUUGUUGGGCAACCCUUUGAAUAACGGCUAUCCUGAUGUAUUUUUUAAAUGAAGUGUCCCAAAUCGAAGUUGUCCUGAAGUCGUUAGUACAACUAUAAUCACUGAAAUGGCUUGUUGUAAUCGCUGUAUAUAUCUGCUUGUAUAUAUCAUGUAUUUGAUAUAAACUUGUUUAUUUUAUUUAUGGAUGUUAGAUGGUUUCCAAUAUUUAAGAAAACGUGUUAAUUGAAUUAAAACUGAACCUACUUUUAUCCAAACAAUUCUCUUUUUAUCUUGCGGUCAGUUCUAAACUCCUUAGUGCCUUAACUUGUAAUGCAUUUGGGGAUUUUCAUUUUCAUUUUCUACAUUGUAGUGUGUUUUUUUUUUUAUGCCAAUUAAUAAAGACCCAGAACCAAAAGACUACUGUGUAUCACAAAAUGUGGGGUAGAUUGAUAUGCACUGGUACUGAACCCUGAGGACUUCAGUUUUGUUUUGUUUUGUUACUGACUUAUGUGUAUCAACUGCUUCUCAAACUGAGUUAGCAACCAAAUAAAGUAAUAUUCUGAUUGUCUAAA